AUGUGGAAAAAACAUUUUUUCUUUUGCUGUUUACUUCUGGCUGUGACAACAAACCAGAUAGUAUAUGGGCAAAGCAGAAAGAAAGGAAAGAAUCCUUAUUCUCUCAUGCAAAAAGAUGAAGGUGAUACGUGCCUCAUCGAUACAGUCUUUAUCUUGGACAGUUCAGAAAGUGCCAAAAAUAAGUCGUUUGAUUUACAGAAGAAUUUUGUUCAAGACUUAACUAACAGCAUUUUCCAGAUGAAGCCAGUUAAGUCUCAGAUGUAUAAUGUCAAACUAGCAAGUAUGCAGUUCAGCAGCACAGUCAGCAUUGAUCAUCCCUUUACAGCCUGGAAGAAUGUGCAAAAUUUUAAAGAGAAAUUCAAGUCUCUAGAUUGUAUUGGUCAUGGCACCUACUCCUAUUAUGCAAUUUACAAUGCCACUCAGCUGUUUAAAACUGAAGGUCAUAAGAGAAGUGUAGAAGUGGCUUUUUUGGUGACUGAUGGUGUAGAUCAUCCAAACAACCCUGAUGUCCAGAGUAGAGCCACAGCAGCUAGGAGUCUUGGAAUACAUUUUUUUACCAUUGGCCUUUCUAAGGACAAUGUUCAAGAAGAAAAAUUGCAUGUGAUAUCUGGUGAUAUAUCCUCUAAACAUGUCUUAUGCCUGGAUGAUCAGAACCUGAAAGUUCAUGUAACAUUGGAACUGGAAGCCUUGCUUCAGAAGCAGUGUAUGCAGAAGAACUGUGAGUGUGAAAAGGGAGCAAAAGGAGACAAAGGUGAUUCUGGCAGUGAUGGUAACAGAGGGGAAAAAGGUGAGCCAGGACCAAAAGGAAACAAGGGCAAUGCUCAAAAAGGAGAUCAUGGAGAAAAAGGUGAAGAGGGAGCUCCUGGCUACAAGGGAGACAAGGGUUUGGAAGGUCCUCUUGGCCCUAUGGGACCUCAGGGGCCUCAGGGGACCUCAAGUGAGCCAGGCCCAAAAGGCAUUCAAGGAAGCAAGGGAGAGCAAGGCCCUUUAGGUCCCUAUGGUCUUCCAGGACAACCUGGUGUUGGACAGCCAGGACCCAAGGGUGCUCAGGGCCGAGAAGGUAAAAUUGGAUUCCCAGGACCUCCUGGAAUUGCUGAGCCAGGGUUACCUGGACCACGUGGCCCUGAUGGUUUGCCAGGUGAGAGAGGUCUCCCAGGAGAGGGCAUUCAAGGCCAAAAGGGUGAAAAGGGCUCUGAAGGUGUAGCUGGUCCUCCUGGACCACCAGGUCAACAAAUCAAAGGAGACAAGAGUGAACAAAGCUAAGCAGGACCACAGGGCCCAACAGGACCACCAGGAAUAGGCAAUCCUGCAAGCCAGGGUAUACAGGGUCCACAAGGAAACCCUGGGGCAAAAGGAUCUAAAGGUUUUGGUCUGCCAGGUCCAAAGGGUCAACCAGGUGAACCUGGACAAGAAGGAGAACCAGGACAUCCAGGAACUGGUGUACGAGGACUGAAAGGAGAUACAGGUCUAACAGGACUCCCAGGAGAGAGAGGAGUGCAGGGAGAUCCUGGAAAAUCAGGAAAAAAAGAAAGGAAAUAUAUUUUACCACAUGGGGAGAAGGGAGAUCAAGGUCCAAGAGGCUCAGAAGGACCCCCCAGCAAAGGAGAUGUAGGCCAAAAGGGUGACCCUGGAGAGAAAGGAUCCCAAGGACUGAUUGGUUCUAAAGGAGUACAAGGCCCAGCUGGACCAAAAGGUGAACUGGGAGAGAAUGGACCAGCUGGUGUCCCUGGAUCAUCUAUUCGGGGACCUCCUGGACCAAAGGGGGAUCCAGGUCCCAAGGGGCCACCUGGAGAUGAUGGACUUCCUGGAAAUUCAAUAAUGGGACCAACGGGUAACCAGGGACUACCUGGAUUACCUGUACCCCGUGGAGCAAAAGGUGAUGGCCACAAAGGUGAAGCUGGACCUCCAGGACCACCAGGCCCCCCAGGACCAGCUGGCCCAAAAGGUGUGGGAGAAGCUGGACCAAAGGGAGACCAUGGAACGAGAGGCUAUCCUGGGCCCCUGGGGCCAAGGGGAAUUGGAACAGUUGGUCCCAAGGCUAUUAUGGGACAGAAUGGCUUGCCUGGUCCACCUGGCUCCCCUGGUGAUAGCAUACAAGGAAGCAAGGGAGAAAAAGGAAAUCAAGGUUUUCCUGGAGAAAAGGGAUCAAUAGGAAUUGGCCUUCCUGGACCAAAGGGAGACUAUGAAGACAAAGGUGAUCCAGGGAGCAAAGGUGCCAAAGGAGAGAUUGGAGACCCAGGACCUCCAGGACCAAAGGGAAUUUGGGGAAGAAAAGGUGAACCAGGUCUUUCAGAAGAAGAAGUUAUCAGACUUAUCAAUGAAAUGUGUGGUUUUGGUAUCAGGUGUAGAGUAACAUCACUGGAACUAGUAUUUGUCAUUGACAGUUCUGAAAGCGUUGGACUAGAAAACUUUAAUAUUAUCAAAACUUUCAUGAAAACAGUCAUUGACAAGGUAUCAUCCGACUAUGCUACAACCCGCGUUGGCGUCAUCAACUUCAGCCAUAAAGUGGAGCUGAUGUCUUCUCUGAAGGAGUACACAUCCAAGGAAUCCCUGAAAUCAGCUGUUGACAACAUGCCCUACUUCGAAGAAGGCACAUGCACAGCUUCUGCUAUCCGAGAAGCCAUUCAGUUAUUCCAGGCAGCACGCCUGGCAGUAAGGAAAGUGGCUGUUGUCAUAACGGAUGGGCAAGCGGAUCAUCGUGAUGACAUACAACUGGACCCUGUAGUAAGAAAGGCCCAUGCUGCAAAUAUUGAGAUAUUUGUCAUCGGGAUCAUUCAAAGGACUAAAUCUCAUUAUGGUGAUUUUCUGAAAGAAAUGCAGCUCAUUACAACAGACCCUGAUGAAGAACAUUUUUACCAGAUAGAUGACUUCAUGACGCUUUCAGCUCUUGAAAAUAAACUGAUCACAAAAAUAUGUGAGAAUAUAUAUGAAGUCUACACCAGAAAAGAUAAUGGUUUAUCACCAGCUCCAAGUCCAGAAUCUGAAAUUGCUAAUGAAGAUAAUAAUAACCAGUUACCUACAAUUACUACAUCAGAGACUUACAUGCUCCCUACAGAAGGAGUCAGUUACACA